UUUAAUGUUAUCACGUGAUACAUAUUGGGGAGGGGGGGAGGAGAGAGAGAGAGGGUCACUCAACAGCAAAGAAAAACUACCACAAUCGCGGUAGUUUAGACGAGGAGAAGCAGCAGCAGCACUUGGGACUUGUAACAUGUGACAAUGAAUCGAAGUAAAUCCAAUUCUAUAUCACGGCUUAACGAAGUUCUUCCUGUACCAAUUGAGCUUCACAACGGUGAAGAUUUAGAACAUCACGAUCCCACAGAAACCAACACCCAUGUCACUGAUGUGUUAGUGGGAGAACAUCACCUCAUACAAGGGACAGCCGGUAAAUCAUACAUGGUGUGGGCCAUCAAGAUCACAUUGAACGACAUGGACUAUUCCAGCAUCAUUAAAUAUAAACGAUAUAACGAAAUCGUAGAAUUUAGGUCACGGCUAGUGGAUUAUUUUAGACAUGAUGACACUAGCAGCAAUGUGCGCAUUCCCGGGUUGCCACCUCGCGACUCGUUUAGUUUCGAUCGGAUCUUAUUAGCUAAUCACUGGCUCGAAGAACGACGCAAGGGACUACAAUGGUUCAUGACUAAUGUAUUAUUAGAUCCAGUCAUCCAACGGUGUCCUAUAGUUAAAGAAUUUAUAGAGAAUUAGGCUUUUGAAUAUACGAAAUUAGU